GCUCCCGCGGCCCCAGCACAGGGGAAAUGAUCCAGAAAUCGCCACCUCAGCCCCCCGCCAUCUGCCGCCCUGAUUGGGGGCCCUAAUGGACCAGGUGCUGGGGUCAGGGACUAUAAAGCCAGGAGGGCCGCGUGGCCGCCAGCCCCCAGGACCAGCUGCACCCUGACCCGGACAGCUAGCAGGUCCCCGUCCCCCGCCAUGGCCCUCUGGAUGCGCAUCCUGCCCCUGCUGGCCUUGCUGGCCCUCUGGGCGCCGGCCCCGACCGCAGCCUUCGUGAACCAGCACCUGUGUGGCUCCCACCUGGUGGAGGCGCUGUACCUGGUGUGCGGGGAACGCGGCUUCUUCUACACGCCCAAGGCCCGCAGGGAGGCCGAGGACCUGCAGGCGAGGGACUCGGAGCUGGGCGGGGCGCCUGGCGCGGGCGGCCUGGCCCUGGGUCUGGAGGGGGCCCUGCAGAAGCGCGGCAUUGUGGAGCAGUGCUGCACCAGCAUCUGCUCCCUCUACCAGCUGGAGAACUACUGCAACUAGGGCGCGCGCCCCAGGCACCGGCGUCCCCGGGACCUUCGGCACCCUGCAC